GCACUGAUAGGUGACACUGAUGAUGGGUACUGAUAGACGGCACGGCACUGACUGGCACCACUGCUGGGCACUGACUGGUGGCACUGACUGGCACAACCCCUGGGCACUGACUGGUGGCACUGACUGGCAGCACUGCUGGGCUGCACUGGUGGGUGGCACUGGUGGGCAGCACUGGUGGGUGGGCACAGGUGGGUGGCACUGGUGGGAACAGGUGGGUGGCACUGCUGGGCACAGGUAGGGUGGCACAGGUGGGUGCACUGCUGGGCACAGGUGGGUGCACUGCUGGGCACAGGUGGGUGAUCUGCUGGGCACAGGUGGGCG